AUGAAACUCAUCACAACCAAUUUUGUUAAGUGUGCUUCAAAAAGCUGCGACUCAGCUUCAACCGCGUUUCCGUUACAAUACGUGGAUUGCGAGCUUGUCCAGUCCUCCCAAGAUUUUAAUGCUGACUUUGUCACACAUAUGCUUGAACGGUUAGACUGGGAAGCCUUGAGAGAGGUCGCCAAAGAUCUCGGCAACGAGGAACUUCCCAUUCAAAAGCCCUCGAAUAUUGACCCCAUCAUGGAGGAAAACCAGGCCUUACUAAGGGAUCUACAUACCUUCUUAAUCGAAACUCAAAUCGUGGAAGGCAAAAUGAUAUGUCAGAACUGCAAACACACUUUCUUCAUCAAGAAUUCGAUACCCAAUUUCCUCUUGCCUCCACACCUCUGUUAG